UACUCAAACUCUAUAGUUGUAUCAGCCGCUUCAUUCGUCUUGAUUCUUUUCACUCACUCUCAUCCAGUUAGUUCUCUCAGCUUUUGAUUUCUUUUCCUUCGAUAUAUCUGAAAACCCACUUCCAAGUAAAACCGGUUCUGAACCGGUCCAAACCGGUUUGAUUUCGUCCAAGUGUAAGUGUAAGUAACUUAACGAACCGCAUAUCAGUUCUGGUAAUUACCUCUGUUCCGUUAAUUACCUCCGGUUCGGGAUGACGGCGCAGCCACCGUCGAAGCCUCACGAAUGGGAAACCCUAAUAGAGAAUUUUCAAUCCGGCACCGGAAUCGAAAAAUGGAACUCUCUCGAACCACCUAUCUCCGAUCUUCUCUUAUCCUCUCUUCUCCGCAAGGACUUUCCUCUUCAACUCAAACUCCAACUCCUCAUUUUCCUCGACGAAUUCUCCACUUCAUUCUUCCCUCACAAUCACCUCAACCGUCUCAUUGAAUCUAUCAAAAUCGUUCUCCAAUCACCUCUCGAAGCCUCCGUUUACUUCACUCCGUUAUUCAAGGAACACUUCAUGAUCUCCGUUACCUCCGUUAUCGUUUGUUUCUCCGAAGAAGAGAACGUUGAAACAGUAACGGAGAAUUUAGUUGAACUUCUGUUAACGGUUAUUAACCGUCCAAAUUUCGGUUCCGAUCGUCACACACGCGCCAUCGCCUGCGAGUGUUUGAGAGAAUUAGAACGAUCGAAACCGUGUUUACUUUCCGAUGUGGUUGGACAUUUAUGGAGUCUUUGCCAGAACGAACGAACACACGCUUCACAAUCUUACAUCUUGCUUUUCACAACCGUUAUUCAUAACAUUGUUCAUAACAAACUCAGUGUCUCUAUUCUCAAUACAUCGCAUCCUAUGCUCCCUUUCAACACGCCGCAGUGCGUGAAUCGAGACGAUUUUGGCUCUGAUUCGGGUUUGAAUACGAAGGAAUUGAGGAGAGCGUUGGCGUUUUUGUUGGAGUGGCCUCAAGUGUUGACACCAUGCGGAAUGAUGGAGUUUGUUUCUAUGGUGAUACCUGUGGUUGUGGCAUUGGAAUUGCAACCUUCAAUGCUUAGGGUUCAGUUAUUUGGGAUGAUUCAUUCUUAUGAUCCUCUUUUAUGCCAUGUUGUUUUGACUAUGUUUUUGCGUUUUAUAGAUGCUUUUGAUGGUCAAGGUGAGGUUUCUAAUAGACUCUUGUUGAUUUCAAGAGAAUCUCAUCAUUAUUUGGUGUUUCGAUUGUUGGCUAUUCACUGGUUGUUGGGUUUCAAUCAAUUGGUUUUUAAUAAACAACAAUCAUCAUAUAUUGAGAAGAAGAGUGAACAUGGAAAUGAAGCUUGUUCAAUUUUGUAUCCUUCUUUGUUUGAUCCAUUGGCUCUGAAAGCAUUGAAGCUUGACCUUCUUGCAUCUGGCUCUGUAUUGAGACUCAAAAGUGAUUCAAAUUCUAGUUCUCAUGAUGAUGAUGAUGGUUGGAUUGAUCCAGUGAAGGUUUUCGAACAGGGUCUGCUUUCUGUAUCGUCUUUUAAAUGGUUGCCUCCAGCGAGCACAGAGAUUGCGAUUGCAUUUCGUACCUUUCACAAGUUUCUUAUUGCUGGAUCAUCUCAUUCUGAUAGUGAUCCUUCCACCACAAGAAAUCUGCUGGACUCCAUGAUAUUUCGUACUUUGCAGGUGAUGCUAGUAAACAUGAUGUUAGAGAGUCGGAAACUUGUUCCUGUUGUUGCUGCAUUUGUGGACCGUUUAUUAUCAUGUAAGAAGCAUUCUUGGUUGGGUGAGCGCUUACUUCAGAAAUUUGACGAGCACUUACUUCCAAAAGUGAAAAUGGAUUAUAAGUUGGUUUAUUGCUUCCCAAUAUUUGAUAGAAUUGCUGAGAAUCAGACAAUACCUCCGAGUGGAUUGUUAGAGCUACUCACAAACUUCAUGAUUUUCCUUGUGGAGAAACACGGCCCGGAUACAGUGAUGAAAUCUUGGUCCCAAGGAAGCAGAGCUCUUGGAAUUUGUCGAACUAUGUUGGUGCACCACCAUAGUUCUAGAUUGUUCCUUAGAUUAUCUCGUCUACUUUCUUUCACUUGUCUCCAUUUUCCUGAUUUGGAAGUCCGGGAUAAUUCCAGGACAUACUUGCGUAUGCUGGUCUGCAUUCCGGGGAAGAAGCUUAGAGAGAUCCUAAGCCUGGGAGGCACACUCCUUGGGAUUUCACCUUCUUCACACCAAACCUCUUUCUUCAAUGUUCAGUCACCUCGACCUUCCCAGAGAUUCAAGACAUUUAAAAACUUAACCUCCUGCAUUCACUUUGAGCGUGUAACCCCAUUGCUUGUUAAGCAGUUUUGGUCUUUGUCUUUAUCAAGUUUAGUCGUGAGUAAUAGCAAACCUGAUUAUCUGGAGGGUAUCAGGGACCUCGAAGCCCCUAUCGAGGAUAAGGAAUUUUCUGACAGUUCCAAUUCUCAGGUCAUUACUGAAACUGGAAGAACAAGUCAAUCGCAUGAGCCGCUUCGUGUUAUGGACUCUAAAGUUGCAGAAAUUUUGAACACAUUAAGGAAGUACUUUUCCUGUAUUCCUGACUUCAGAUAUAUGGCAGGACUCAAAGUUAGAAUAUCAUGUAGUUUGAGUUUUGAAUCUAAUACUUUCAAUCGCAUGUUGGGAAUCAAUAACACUGCCACACCCCAGGAAGAGAUAGAUGCACUUCCCGCUAUAUAUGCUACUGUGUUAAAUUUUUCCUCUUCUGCACCAUAUGGAUCAAUUCCAUCAUCUCGUAUACCUUUUCUUCUUGGUGAACCUCACAGUAAAGAUCAUGCAUCUCAAAAUGCCGCCCUUAGUAUAGUUCCUAUUGGAAAUGAUUCUAGAAAAGAAGAAAACUAUAGAGCUACCGUUGUGAUCGAUUUGGAGCCAAGGGAACCGACACCAGGUAUAGUUGAUGUUCACAUUGAAACAAAUGCAGAAAAUGGUCAGAUCAUCCAAGGUCAACUUCAGGGAAUCACAGUAGGCAUAGAAGACAUGUUUCUUGAGGCCAUUGUUCCAUCAGACAUCCAAGAAGACGCAAGACCUCAGUACAACUUUAACUUGUUCACAGCUUUAUGGGAAGCAUGUGGCUCAUCCUCUAGCACCGGGCGGGAAACCUUUCAAUUGAAAGGGGGCAAAGGGAUUGCUGCCAUAAGUGGAACGCAAUCUGUCAAGCUUCUUGACGUCUCUGCGACCUCUUUGAUUCAGGCUACCGAGCGCCAUUUGGCACGCUUUGUUGUAGGUGUGAGCGGGGAGCCACUUAUUGAUGCUGUAUGGGAAGGGGGAAUCAUUCAGAAUGUCAUUUGGGAAGAUACUUCCCGUGAUGCCUCACCAGUUUCAAAUCACAAUUCAGGUCCACUUCGGCUUACAUACAAUAAUGAAGAGUAUGAGAAAGGGGCGAUUAUCAAUAGCAGAAAAAUAAACAUGGGUUGUUUUCUUGUUCUAAUAUUUCUUCCACCGCGGUUCCAUCUACUUUUCCAAAUGGAAGUUGGCGAUGUUUCAACUUUGGUUCGUAUUCGCACAGAUCAUUGGCCUAGCUUGGCCUACAUUGAUGAUUAUCUAGAAGCUUUAUAUCUAUCAUAACAGCUCUUGUUUCAUCUACAUUGAUGACUGCAUAAAGAUUACCAAUCCUCAAUCAGCUUGUGAUUAUGUAUGUCUUUUUUAUUCUUUUACAAUGUACAGUUUGUUUAUGCCAUCUGUGGAAUGUGGCUUUGCUGUUCAAUACGAACACAUUUUUGCUCAUGUGCAUUAAGAGGUACAUAAUUCUAAGAAGUUUCAGUUAUAUAAUUUUUUUUCCUUCAUGCAGUUUUAUUGCUUGAAAAUAAUUUGGUUAGGUAAACUUUGUUUGUUUGUUCAGUUCAGCUGAUACAUAGGAAUCAUAAAUAGGGUUAAAACAGCCCCUCCCCCAGUUCAUGUCUGGUAAAUUGAAUUUUGUGAAAUGAAAGAGUUUGUACUGUUA